AUGGCUAGUGAUGAGAGUUUUGUAGCUCUUAUGCACUAUAGAGGGUCCAUUAAGAAGAAAACGCGAUCAGGGAUUAAGUUCACUGACAAGGACCCGCUGAGUGUUUUUCUCAAACCUUCAACAAGUUUUGCUGAGUUUAAGAGUACUAUACUACGGAGACUAGGACUGCAUGGCGUGAAACGGGUGGAGAAGUUGUUCUAUCGUGCUGUUUCAUUGUCGCCGUCAGUUUUUGAGGUGAGGACUUCGGAGUUGUUGGCGGAACUUGUAGAUGUGGCAUCUAGUUCUGGAGGCUCGAACAGGAAUAUGCACUCCACAGGAUAUGUAGCCAGCUCUAGUGCAUUGCCUGUUGGAUCAUCGUCAGCAGUGCCGGUGUUUGCACCCGAGCCAGACUUAGUGGCUUCACCAUUGUUUGCCGUCAAUUUGAAUCGAAGUUGUGAUGCAUUAGUUGGCGAGGCUGGACCGUUGGGAGACGGUGAUUUCGCGGCGCCCAGCUCUCCUCCGUGUGUUCCGGUAAUCGGAGAGGUUGCAGCACCCAAAGGGGUUGAGGAUGCAUUGCAGGAUGAUGAUGAUGAUGAUGAUGAUGUGGAGCUCGCAACGAUUGCUGCAGAUGAUAGCGAGGAGGAGACUCCACGGACGACUCAACCUGCCGAUGGGGGAGCUUCUAAUUCAAGAGGCGUAUCUGAGUUUCAGGUUGGCCAGCAGUUUCAAGAUAAGGAGGAAGUUGUGCUUAGCGUGAAGACAUAUAUCAUUCGCCGCGGGGUUGAGUACAAGGUAUUGGAGUCGGAUCACCGCAAGUACUAUGGCAAGUGCAAGGAAUUCGGGAGCGGAGCUGAUGCUGCAACGUCGAUUAAGGUACUGCAGAAUGCCACGGAAGCACACUUCGGGUUCAGACCAACGUAUAAGAAGGUCUGGAUGGCCAAGCAAAAGGAUGUGGCACAAAUUUAUGGAGACUGGGAUAAUUCGUAUAAUGAGUUGCCACGAUGGGUAUUGGGCUUGCAGAUCACUAUGCCGGAAAGUGUAGCUAUGUUGAGGACGAGUCCUGUUCGAGUGGGUGGGCAGUUGGAUGAUUCUACAGCUUAUUUCCAUCGCUUGUUUUGGACAUUCCAACCAUGUGUUGAGGCAUUUUGA